UGGCUGAGGCCUCACGCUGCCGACAUCACGGUUGUGCGUCCCGUCAGCGUGCGUUACAGGGAGCUUCUUACCUGCACGGCGAAUUAUUAGAGAAAAUGGCAAGCUGGUGUGUACGAGCAGUGAGACAGAGCUACUCUCUUGUGGCCUCACCUGCGCUUUUAAGAGCCUCCCCGCGAUUAUUAUGCACGGCCACCCAGAAGAAGAACGGCCACGGGUCAGAGGAGGAGGCCGAGAAGCCAGAACAGAAUGCAGCAGAGAAAGUCCUGGUGGAGGAGAAGACCCAGCUGGAAGAGCAGCUCAAGGAAAUGACAGAAAAGUACAAGAGGGCCUUAGCAGACACAGAGAACCUGAGGACGAGGAGUCAGAAGAUGAUGGACGAUGCCAAAUUAUACGGGAUCCAGGGCUUCUGUAAGGACCUGCUGGAGGUUGCCGACAUCCUGGAGAAGGCCACGGAGAGCGUGCCCAAGGAGGAGGUGACGAGCCAGAACCCCCACCUGAAGAACCUGUACGACGGCCUGGUGAUGACCGAGGUCCAGAUCCAGAAGGUGUUCACCAAGCACGGCCUGGUCAAGAUCAACCCCGACGGCCUCAAGUUCGACCCCUACGAGCACGAGGCCCUCUUCCACGCCCCCGUGGAGGGCAAGGAGCCCGGCACCGUCGCCAUAGUGACCAAAGUGGGCUACAAACUUCACGGUCGCACCCUCAGGCCAGCGUUGGUGGGCGUGGCUAAGGGCCCCUAGAACUCGAGAUGUAACUGAGCAGCAAAGUGGGAUUAGCAUCGUCACCAGGGAGAUGGAUGACCUCAGGCUCAGCAGACUGGUCAAGGCCCUGCCACCCUUUUCCCACAAGCCCGUCCUCACACUAACCCCACCCCAAGGUGCCUCAAAGAGACGGGAAACCAACUGAACUUCGUACGCGGACAACAUCUGACAGUUUUUAACAGCUACGCUUUGUCUGGCACAGGACAGUCUUCCCAGUAAAAUUUCAGUCUGUCAUCAGCCAUGAGUCAUUACCGUCAGAGAUUAUUUAAUAAAAUCAGCAGACACACAGGCAGAGGCUUUCACGUUCCCUCUCAGAACCAUCAAUCUUGAGGAGAAGAUCAUAAACCCCUCAUUUCAAGACUGUUUUUGGGGUCGGAUACGGUGUCAAAACACAUUCACAAAGUGAGUCGUGCUGAUACUGAGCUGCUGUCAUUCCGGACUUUUGUUUAAUUAUAAUAAUGUCAAACUUCUCAGUUGUCCUUGUUUUGUUCUGUGAGUUUGAACAUCAUUCUGUAAAUAAAGUAAUGAGCCGUGUAGAAGCUGAGAUUUUACUCUGCUGAUGUCGACUUUCCAAGACGCUAACGGUCCGGUCAGCCAGCUUCAGUCACUGUAACACCUCACAGUUGAGCUCAGCGGUGGCCGACAGUAACUUUACUUGUAAACCAGUAGAAGAGUUCUAUUUGUGGACCUUUGUCCAAACUGUCACUGCAUCAGAAUAAACUGGCAAACUUUGAAA